AUGGCUUUUUUGUUUGAGGAAGACAGAGGAUUAACUUAGACUAAGGAUCCUUAUCCACAUUUAGGGCCUGGAGUUUAUAAGAUUCCUGAGAAUUAAGCAAAAACUGCUUAUGCUCCUUUUCUUUCGACUGGAAAGAGAUAAGCAGAGAUGACAAAUAAAUAGAAAGAGUUAUUUCCUGGUCCUGGCUAAUAUGAAGUAUAACUAAACAUGGGUGAUUCUGGAGUACAAGCUUACAUGAAUAAAAGCACUAUAAUAGUCAAAGUUUAAGGUAAUGGAAGUAGUUGUUUCAAAAGUGGAAUAGAGAGAUUUUAAGAGGAUAAAAAAGUUAAAGAAGUAUUUAGUAAUAAUAAAUUCAGAUUCCUGGUCCUGGGCAUUAUGAUACUGCAAAAAAUAACUGUUAAAACAAAUAAGUUGGUUUACUGCAAAAUUAAAAAUUAGACGAUAUUAGAAAUUAAAAUUUCAGAAGAAGAAUUAAUUCUAUUCCUGAACCUAAAACAUAGAUAGGGAUGGUUUAUGAAGAUAUUGAAACUUUAGCUUAACAUUAAAAAUAAAUUUAAGAUCAAAAGAAAUAAAAAGUUGUAGGGCCAACUACUUAUGAGACUUAAUAAUCAAAAUAAGUAAAGGGUAUUUCUUGGGAUAAAAGUAUAAAACCAAGAUUUUAAUAAGAAUAAUCUACAGAAAUUGGACCUGGAAAAUAUAAUAUUUGUGAUGAAAAGAAAAAGAAAAAUAAAUCUCCUGCUUUUUUAUCUGAAACAGUUAGAUCUUAUUAUGAUAAAUUGAUAUAUAAGACAAAUAGAGAAAUUAAUGCUGGAUUAAGAAAAUAAAUAAAUUAUAAAGAUUAAUAUUCCCCAGGACCAGGUUAAUAUAAUGAUGGUAGAGUAUCAAUAAAAGUGUAAAAAAAAGCAAAAGAAUUUUAAUUUUUUGGUUCAUCUUUAGAAAGAUUUAGAUAAAACUAAGAUUAAUCAGUUGGUCCAGGAGAUUACAGAAUAGAAGAUUCUUCAUUUGAUUAAUUAGUAAAGAAAAAAAAUUAUACUAAUGCUACUUUUUUAAGUUCAACAGGAAAAGGAGAUUUAAUUAAUUAAGAUGAAUAAAAUCCAGGUCCAGGAACAUAUUAUGUCUAAAAUGAUCUUUAUACAGAUUUAAUUCGUAAAUAAGACAAAGGUGCAAGUGGAUAUUUAGGUGGUAAAGAAAAAAGAUUUUGUGAAAAACCACCACUAUGUAAAGCUGGUCCAGGAAGUUAUGAUAUAACUAAAGGAGAAAAAAAGAGAGCUGUAAGUUCUUGUUUUAAAUCAUCAUCUAAAAGAGAUGCUAUAAACAAAAGUUGUGGUCCAGAUAUUGGACAAUACAAAUUAGAUUAAGAAACUAUUGGAUAUAAAAUUUAAAAGUAAUUAAAAUUUUUAAAGAAUCUAUCAAAAAUUGAUGUCUAAAAACCUGGAUUUGAUUGUGCUGAACCUAGAUUUAAAGAAAAUUAAGAAGCUAUCUAAAAUAUAUCAUUUACAGAAUAAAAUUAAUAUCCAUCAGCAAAUUUUAAACAAGUAACUGCUCCAUUUAAAUCAUAAUAACCUCGACUAGCAUAUAUUAGCAGAUAAUUUACACCCGGAGUUGGUAAAUAUUAGGUAGAAUCUAAUAAUUGGAAAAUCAAUAGUUUUAAUACACAUUAUAAUAAAUUGUUAUCAGAUUCAUGA